AUGGAAGACGGAGAAGCUUCAAAUACAGGCAUGGAAGAUGGAGAAGUUUCAAAUAACCUUUCGGAAAAACUACCAAAAAGGGUCCUCGGCGAUGGUUGCUACCCCGUUGGUGCUCGGUUGAACAUAUAUUCAAAGGCCAAUGUCAUUGGCCUCCUUGUCGAGGCGUUAAAGGGUACUAAAGAUCUUGAGAAGCUACUUCAUUCCCAGUUUGGGAAGUUAUUCCAUCUACCUGUUGCAAGAUGUUGCAACAGCGCCAAACUAGUCCAUGCCCUUCUAUCACGACAACUUGUGACCAUGAAGAAACACGAGAUUUGGUUCCUCUUUGGUGGAAAGCCUCUGAGAUAUUCGAUACGGGAGUUUAAGGAAAUCACUGGAUUGAAUUGCAAUCCCGAACCUGAUAGCACAGAAGAAGAAGAAGAUGUCGAAAAGACAAGAAUCUGGAAGGACCUGUUCGGAAGAGCGACCGCUAUGAACGUGUUUGAUGUGCUUGAAAUGCUAAAGGACCCGGAUCUACCCUGA